AUGUCCUUCAUGGAUGCUUUCUCCGGCUACAACCAAAUCCUUAUGAACCCAGACGACCAGGAGAAGACUGCAUUCAUUACAGACCGCGGGAUUUACUGUUACAAGGUGAUGCCUUUUGGGUUAAAGAAUGCGGGAGCAACUUACCAGAGACUGGUAAAUCGAAUGUUCGAGCCCCAGCGCGGAAAGACCAUGGAAGUCUACAUCGAUGACAUGCUGGUAAAGUCAAUGGAAGCCAGCUCGCAUCUUGCGGAUCAGAAAGUUUGCUUCGACAUCCUGAAUCAGUUCGGGAUGAAGCUUAACCCCACGAAAUGCACCUUUGCAGUCCCAUCAGGGGAGUUUCUGGGGUAUAUCGUCAUAGAAAGAGGAAUCGAAGCGAAUCCGAGGCAGAUUAACGCUUUCUUGUCUAUGAGUUCUCCUAGGACUUUACGCGAAGUGCAACGCCUUAACGGACGGAUCGCAGCCCUCAACCGCUUCAUCUCUCGAUCUACGGACAAAUGCCUCCCGUUCUACCAGCUGUUGCGAAAAGGGGGAAAAAAUUUCUUAUGGGAUGCGAAGUGCGAAGAGGCGUUCGCUCAGCUCAAAGCCCAUCUGUCUGAACCGCCGGUCUUGGCUAAGCCCGAGUUUGGUGAGCCGCUCUUUCUUUACGUAGCCGUCUCGGACAGUGCAGUCAGCGGAGUCUUGGUUCGUGAGGAAAGGGGGGAGCAGCGACCAAUUUUCUAUAUCAGUAAGUCGUUUACUGGGGCAGAGUCCAGGUACCUUAUGAUGGAGAAAUUGGCCCUAGCAGUAGUCACUUCGGCAAGAAAGCUGCGACCUUACUUCCAGUCCCAUACAAUCAUAAUCCUGACGACGCAACCACUUCGGACGGUAUUACAUACUCCGAGCCAGUCCUGGAGACUUGCUAAAUGGUCUGUCGAGUUGAGUGAAUACGACAUCGAGUUCCGGACACGAACCUGUGCUAAGGCGCAAGUGCUGGCUGAUUUUUUGAUCGAACUCCCACUAGCCUCUUCGGUUAGCAACAAUGUUGAAGUCCCAUGGAAGUUGUAUGUUGAUGGCGCUUCUUCCAGAUCGGGAGCAGGAAUUGGGGUCCGCCUCACUUCUCCUACUGGCGAACUGGUCACCAACCAGUUCUUGGGGGAGUACGAGACAAAGGAUGGUCGUAUGGAGGCUUAUCUGUCCACAGCUCAGGAGUUAGUCGCUAAGUUCGAGGAUUUUGAAAGCUCAAACGUCGUCACCCGGACGAUGGAAAAACAGUUGGCUGUUGAGGAGGCAGCUCGCAAGGCGGCUGCAGACUCUUUACCAUCGGAGGAUCCGGCCCCCGUUAUGGCUACUCCGAUGGAAGUUCACCCGCCUCUGGCAGAGCUAGACGCGAGUCAAACUCCGGAAUCGUCGAGCUCACCUGUUGACAAUCAAGCUGUUAUCCCACAUACUACUUUGAGCAGGGAACUCCCAGCUGACAAAUGGGCAGCCAGGAAACUCAAGGUUGUCAGUGCGCGAUAUUGCGUUCACAACGGAGUACUUCUACGCCGAAUUGUAGCUGGUCCUUAUUUAACAUGCGUGGCUGGUAAAGAGCCCGCGAUGCUAAUGCGAGCUGUUCACGAUGGUCCCAAUGGAAAUCACUCUGGAGGUCGGACUCUGGCUUUCAAAAUUAAAAGGCAAGGUUACUUCUGGCCCACCAUGGUCACGGACUGCGAAAAAUAUUCUCGAACUUGUGAGAAGUGUCAAAAGCACGCCCCGUCAAUUCAUCAACCUACUGAGCUCCUGUCUUCUUUGUCCGCAUCUUACCCAUUCAUGAGGUGGUCUAUGGAUAUCAUUGGUCCAUUACAUCGAGGACCAGGAGGAGUUCAGUACGUGCUCGCUCUUACUGACUAUUUCUCCAAGUGGGUAGAAGCGGCAGCCUAUACGAAAGUAACAAGUGACGAAGUGGAACAGUUCGUGCUUAAGAACAUAAUCUAUUGCUACGGCGUCCCUUGUGAAAUCAUCACGGACAAUGGUCCACAGUUCAUCUCCUCGAAGUUCGAAGAGUUCUGCGCGAAGUGGAAAAUUCGACUCAAUAAAUCAACUCCUCGUUACCCGCAAGGUAAUGGGCAAGCCGAGGCGAUGAAUAAGGUCAUACUUGCCAACUUGAAGAAACGGCUCGAUGCUCGUAAGGGGCGCUGGCCGGACGAACUGUAG